AUGUUGAGUCGGCCAAGCGUGUUUUUCCACCCUUCUGGUCUCUCCUUUCGUCGGUGCUGUUACGUUUUCGACGUUCCCGUUCCGCCGUUCUUCCCCACUGACUAUUUCGCGCAUUGUGUCUGUGUCAACCUUUUUUUUGUUGUUGAUCGCAGCUUCUCAAUCACGGUCUUCUUCACGCGUUUUUCACAGAAGAGGACAGACAGUACGCUCAAUGUCUACUUCGCUCCAUCAAGUUCUUGGCCGUCAGAUUUCGCUUUUCCAUUCUCUCCUUCCUUCGUCCUCCCAUACCAGUCACCAUGUCAUUCGUACGGCUCCCUCACUUCCCCAACCCCCCCGUACUACGGUCUCCCCCCUUGUUACACUCAACCCACCCUCCGAAUUUCCAUGCUCUCCCCGCUCCCUCCUCUCCUGCGCGCUAUCCUGCAGGCGCUGGUGUAUCUGAGGGGGUUGGACGUGGAGGAUUAUAAAGACACCAAGUCGGGUUACAGCAUCACCUUUGUGCUACGCCCUCCUCCUUCCUGCGCUUCCCACUUCUCUCCUACGCUCCCCCCAACCCCUGCUCUCCUGCGCACCACCCGUGCAGGUGUUGGAGUGUUGGAGUAUCUGAGGGGGUUAGACGUGGAGGACUAUAAAGACAUCAAGUUGGGUUACAGCAUCACCUUCACAUUCGCGGAGAACCCAUACUUCUCAAAUAAGGAGCUGACCAAGAGCUACAAAUACACGGAGGAGGGCACUGCCAACGUGGAGGGCACCAAGAUCGAGUGGAAGGAGGGCAUGGACCUGACGGCACAAAAGCCGAAGCAGGACAAGGCAGGCAAGAAGAGACAACUGGAGGAGCAGGAGAGCUUCUUCAAGUGGUUUGAAGUGGACGAAGCCACCCAGGGCACCUCACCACCCGAUGAUGUGAGUCAGAGCGGUGGGAGGGGGGGGAUCAUGUCAGUCAGAGCGGUGGGAGGGGGGGGAUCAUGUCAGUCAGAGCGGUGGGAGGGGGGGGAUCAUGUCAGUCAGAGCGGUGGGAGGGGGGGGAUCAUGUCAGUCAGAGCGGUGGGAGGGGGGAUCAUAUGA